GUUGACCAUGGCCGGCCGACCAAAGACACAGCGCUUCAAAAAACCCCAGAAGCAUAAAAUGGUCGGAUAUAAGUUCGCAACACUUGUGGGAGGCCUCUUUGGAACGCUCGCAUUAUUUUUGUAUCCAACUGUUAUUCAACCAAUGAUCGACCCUACGAAGUGGCAAGAAAUACAGAAAGAAGCUAGAGCAGGAUAUGACCAAGAAAAGAUACAACCUGGAGACAUGAGAGUAUGGACUAACCCGAUGAAAACACCAAGCAAGAAGGAAUAAGAGAAGACGACGAUGAAGAACAUUUACUUAUUAAUAUAUAACUAAAAAUAGUUUGUGUGAUGAGAAAGGAUAUGUAAAAUCUAAUACAAACAGACUGAGAAAAAACCGGAUCAACUUACUAAAAGUGUGUUCAUCAUAAACUGAUGUGGUAGUGAUGAGGAAAAUCCCUGUAGAUUUUGAAAUAGAAUCGAAAGUGAAGUGUGAUUGAGUGACAAUAACAAAGUAAUAUUUGUGAUGAUGCAUCAAGAAGAAACUGUCUUAAUUACUUGAAUGAUUUUGUAAACUGUGUGUGAGCAAGCUAGGAAUAUGCUCUCUGUAUGGUAGAACAUGUAAAUACACUUCUUGAGCUUAAAUAUUAUAGAAUUGUGAGCAUAAAUAUUAUAAUUCUGUUAAAAAUUGUAAUUGUUCUCAGCUGAUAAUUACUACAGUGUAGUAUAUAAAAGCGUUCUCAACAAUUCCA